GACGACUCGACACACAUACAACUCAACUCUGACGACUGCCUUGGCCAGCUAUGGCACUCAUAUCCACAAUGCUCGGCUUUUCUGCGUUCGGUGUUGCUACUCGUUGCUGGGCCCUCGGUAUUCAACACCGUCCUAUCUAUGACUGGCCAUUGGGACAUGUCCUUGUUGGAUUAACUUUCGGUGGGCUGGGAUAUGGAGCACAUCAGUGGGAUAUAAGGGCGUCAGAAAUUCUUGCGGAGAAGCGUGCAGAAAUUGCGGCACGGCGACAGAGGCAGAUCGAGCGAAUUGAGGCCCAGGGUCAGGCCGUCCUCGCAGAGCACGCACAACACUCAUAAAUUGGGGGUAUGGUGGAGCACUGGGGCUAGUGAUUGAGGAAUGCAUCAGACACGAUAUAGAAUUCUCAUCGUUACACCAUUCAUCGCGCUUUCGGAUCUCUCAAUCAGUGUUCUGGUCCGCUUUAUCUUCCCAUGUCCCUACGUCCUAGGAAGGGGCGUCCUGCAGCAUCCCACACAACCCCAUAUCGCAAUCCAACUAUUGUGCAAUGCUUGGCAGCCC